AGGGAGAGUCAGUGAGUGUAUGAGGGAGGCAGGCAGGCCGGCCGGCCGGCCAGCCAGCCAGCCAGGGCUAUUGGAACAGAUACCUCUUUGCUUUACCCCCUCAUUUCUUUCCUCUUUUUGUUGCUUGUUCGUUUCGCGCUUGCGGGUUAGUGCGUAAGGCGAGAGGGAUCUAGGCUAAAGCGACGCCCGAGCAGCCCAGCAGGAGCCUAGGGACAGGCCUGGGCUGCAGCCUCAAAAUUAGGAUGUCCCGACAUGAAGGUUUCAGCACCACUAUUAAAGCAUCGGAGCAACCAAGGAAGAAUUCCCUCACCAUCAAUGCGGGUGAAGUCCUUUCUCAUGAGGCGCAGUUCUUUCAUAGAGAAAGGCUGGACAAGGUCAUCGUCAUCAUCUGAUUGAGGAGGGCCUGCUGUUCUAUCUACUUGAGAAGGGCCUGAUUUUUUACCUGUUUGAGAGGUGUCAGCUGUGAUGCCUGUUUAAAAGGAAAUUUUCGAGGUCGCAGAUACAAGUGUUUAAUUUGCUACGAUUAUGACUUGUGUGCAACUUGUUAUGAAAGUGGUGCAACAACAACAAGGCAUACAACUGACCAUCCAAUGCAGUGCAUACUAACAAGAGUAGAUUUUGAUUUGUAUUAUGGUGGAGAAGCUUUCUCUGUAGAGCAGCCGCAGUCCUUUACUUGUCCUUAUUGUGGAAAGAUGGGUUAUACAGAAACAACUCUUCAAGAACAUGUUGCUUCUGAACAUGCAGAAACAUCAACAGAGGUGAUUUGUCCAAUAUGUGCCGCAUUACCUGGAGGGGAUCCUAAUCAUGUCACAGAUGAUUUUGCAGCUCAUCUUACACUGGAACACAGAGCUCCUAGAGAUUUAGAUGAGUCUAGCGGUGUUCGGCACGUACGUAGAAUGUUUCACCCAGGCCGGGGUUUGGGAGGCCCCCGUGCACGUAGAUCCAACAUGCACUUUACUAGCAGUUCCACUGGUGGGCUCUCAACUUCUCAGAGUUCAUACUCUCCAAGCAAUAGAGAAACCAUGGAUCCUAUAGCUGAGCUUUUAUCACAGUUAUCAGGCGUGAGACGUUCUGCAGGGCAGCUCAAUUCUUCUGGCCCUUCUGCUUCUCAGUUACAGCAGCUGCAGAUGCAACUGCAGUUGGAGCGACAGCAUGCACAAGCAGCGAGACAACAACUGGAGACUGCACGGAAUGCAACUAGACGCACUAACACAAGCAGCAUCCCCACCACUCUUACACAAUCUAUAGCAGCAACCAAUACAUCUAACACAGAAAGCAAUCAGUCAACUAUACAGAAUUCCCAGUUUCUUCUUAUGAGGUUGAAUGAUCCUAAGAUGUCAGAAGCAGAGCGUCAGUCAAAAGAAAGUGAACGGGCAGACCGCAGCUUGUUUGUUCAAGAGCUUCUACUGUCCACUUUGAUGCAGGAAGAAAGUUCCUCCUCAGAUGAGGAUGAACAGGGAGAGAUUGCUGAUUUUGGUGCUAUGGGCUGUGUAGAUAUUAUGCCUCUAGAUGUUGCUUUAGAAAACCUGAAUUUAAAAGAGAGUAAUACAAGAAAUGAGCCUCCUCUUUGAUGGCAUCCCACUUAGCAGACAAUGUCCUCUGUGCUGUAUUUGCCAAUGAAAGUGGACAAUAACUAUCUUGGAUUUGUUUUGGUGAUUGUAAUUUCAGGUCUGUCACUCUUGUUACAUUGUGUACAUUCACAGGAAAAGAGAAAAGAUAUAUACAAUAAUCAUUUCCACUUAACCAGUUUUUACUUUUAGCAGGUAAUAUAGGUUGCAGUGCAGAGAAAAAAGCUCUGCGUCCUGUAGCUUGACAUGCAAAAAACUCUCCUGAUACUCCACAUUCAAACUGAAGAGUAAAAAAUGAAAAAUCUCUAAUGAAGCUGCUGUGUGUAUUUAUGAAUAUUAAUGAAUAAAAAUUGCUUGGAUGGUUUACCUUAA